ACGUCAUCGACGCCCAACUUUCAUUUUAAGUGUUUAAUGGGAAUGAAAACAACUGCGAGCUGAAAAAUGGGAUGCUGUUUCUCCUCUCCCGAUGUAGACGAUGAGAGAGAACCUUUGAUUCAGUCCAACAAUAAAACACCAACUGAGUCUGCAAGACCACCACGACCAGCUGCUAACGAUCAGAGGAGUGGCAGUUUUACUGCUCGUUGUGUUGGUGUUCCUGGUCUCGAUGAGCGAUUCACUGACGUUGCAGAAACCUUCAACAAACAGCAGGAACACUAUGAAUCAAUGAAGAGCAAGCUUCAGACUCUUGCAAGCCGCUAUCACUGUCCAAUAAACGACAGUCUGUCUGAAUGCCUGAGGAAAAUCAAGGAGAAACAUGAGCUCUGCCACAUCAGUCUGGAGGUUAAAGGAUACGACUUCAGUCUGAUGGUGCGAUCAGAGGCCGAAAUCCCCAGCGAACUGAAGCGGACGCAAGAGAACGUCACCGAGCUGAGCCGAGCCGCCAAAUCCGUCAUCUCCGUCAGCACCAAACUCCACGAAAUGAUCGACUCGCUUCUGAGAGCCGAGGACAGCAUGAUCCGUCAGAUCGAAGAUGCUGAAUCCAGACACCAGGAGCAGAAGAGGCUGCUGGACAACCUGCGGGCAAACCUCAGAGAGGCUCGGAGAGCCAAAGAGCUAAGUCCGAAGUACAGGAAAGAGGCUGGAAAUCUCCUCAAUGAGGCCGCAUUGCUCUCUGGAAUCACACCGUAAACUGACUUUGUCUCUUAAUGUGAGCUAAUAGCAAAUGUGAAGGAUGUUAAACCAUGAACAGAAGCAGAGGCGGACAGUAUUUUUACUCUGUGUCUGUAC